AUGACUAUAAUGGAGGAGAAGCAGAGUAGCCCUGUUUCAGAGAAGCAGCAGAGUUUUAAUGGUAUCAUAAACCAUACACAAGAGAAUCAUCAGAUGAAAACAAUGGAAAAGCAACAGAGUUUUCGAUGUGUGGAGAGUAAUAACCAGCCAAGAAAGGCGAGAGCUUUAGAGAAACAAGUUAGUUUCCAAGGUGUGAGUGUGGAGAAUCAGCAGCAGCAGCCAAGCAGGCUCGGAAGAGCAAUGGAGAAGCAACAGAGUUUCCGAGGUGUGACUGUAGAGAAUCCGAAACGUGGAAUUAUGGAGAAGCUUCCGAGUUUUGGGAAGGCAACGAUGGAGAGGCAGAAGAGUUUCCGUGGCGGAUUUUUGGAGAAGCAGAAGAGCUUCCGUGUGGUGAUGGAGAGGCAGUUGAGUUUCAUUGGUGAGAGGAGGAAGAAGAAUGAGUCACCAGGGAAGAGAGGAGACUCUCCUCUUCAUAUAGCUGCUAGAACAGGGAACUUAAGCAAGGUUAAAGAUCUGAUUCGAGGUGGUUGUGAUGGAGAAGAGUUGAGAGAGUUGUUGUCAAAGCAGAAUCUUGAAGGAGAGACUCCUCUUUACACUGCUGCUGAGAAUGGUCAUUCAACUGUUGUUGAGGAGAUGUUGGAGCAUAUGGAUCUCCAAACUGCUUCGGUAGCUGCUAGAAACGGGUUUGAUCCAUUCCAUGUUGCAGCUAAACAAGGCCAUCUUGAGGUGUUGAAGAUUCUGUUGGAGACAUUCCCAAACUUGGCAAUGACAACAGAUUUAUUGUGUACAACUGCGUUACACACAGCUGCAACACAAGGGCAUAUUGAUGUGGUGAAUCUUCUUCUGGAGACAGACUCUAAUUUAGCUAAGAUCGCUAAGAACAAUGGUAAAACUGCGCUUCACUCUGCAGCAAGGAUGGGUCAUGUGGAAGUUGUUAAAUCUCUGAUAGGUAAUGAUCCAAGCAUUGGGUUUAGAACCGAUAAAAAGGGACAAACAGCUCUUCACAUGGCUGUAAAAGGUCAAAACGAUGGUAUUGUUGUUGAGUUGGUGAAACCUGAUGUUGCUGUUUUGAGCGUUGAGGAUAACAAAGGGAACACGCCAUUGCACAUUGCCACAAACAAGGGCCGUAUCAAGAUAGUGCGGUGUUUGCUAUCUUUUGAAGGCAUUAACCUCAACCCAAUAAACAAAGCUGGAGAUACGCCACUGGACGUUGCUGAGAGGAUAGGAAACGCAGAGCUUGUGUCUGUUCUGAAAGAAGCAGGAGCUGCUACAGCUAAAGAUCUAGGAAAGCCUCAGAACCCAGCUAAGCAACUCAAGCAAACGGUCAGCGACAUAAAGCACGAGGUACAAUCUCAGCUUCAGCAGUCUAGGCAAACCGGUGUAAGAGUCCAGAAGAUAGCAAAGAGACUGAAGAAGCUUCACAUUAGCGGUCUAAACAACGCUAUAAACUCAGCAACCGUCGUGGCUGUGCUUAUCGCCACGGUGGCUUUCGCAGCCAUUUUCACUAUACCUGGUCAGUAUGAAGAGGAUCGGUCCAAAGGAGAGAUGCUAGGACAGGCGCAUAUAGCAAAUAGAGCACCGUUUCUGGUCUUCUUCAUCUUUGACAGCUUGGCACUGUUUAUUUCCUUAGCUGUUGUUGUUGUGCAGACUUCAGUGGUUGUGAUUGAGGAAAAGGCGAAGAAGAAGCUUGUCUUUGUAAUCAACAAGCUCAUGUGGUGUGCUUGUCUGUUCAUAUCCAUUGCCUUUGUUUCUCUCUCUUACAUUGUUGUCGGCAAAGAGGAGAUGUGGUUGGCCGUGUGUGCAACUGUUAUUGGCGGCACGAUCAUGUUGACUACGAUCGGUGCCAUGUGUUACUGUGUGAUCAUGCAUAGGAUGGAGGAAUCUAAACUAAGAAGCAUAAGGAAAGAGAGAAGCAAGUCUCAGUCAUUCUCUAUGUCUCGUAUGCCUUCUGAGUCGGAGAUUCUAAAUGGUGAAUACAACAAGAGAAUGUAUGCACUAUGA